AUGUUACCCACAACGGAGAGGGUGCUCCUGGACCACUCAGGGUCUGAACUGGCCUUCAAGGACUUUAGGGUUUGGGAAGGUUUCAUCCCGGUCUGCAGCCUGGGCGUAUGCCAGGUUGGGAGGAUGAACUUCGGUAAAGACGUAAGCACGCUGAAGUACUUCACUAUCUGCGGCCUGCAGGAAGGCUACGAGCCCUUCGCCGUCAACAUGAACAGAGACCUCACCAUGUGGCUCAGCAAGAGACUGUCUCAGUUCAUCCCUGUACCUCCGCAGCAUGAACACAUUGAGGUGACGAGGAUGGACGGCACCGUGGAGACUUUCCCGUGUCUCAAGGUCACCCAGAGGUCGUUCGGCUCCCAGAACAGUAACCCAGACAUCACCUUCUAUCGCCUCAGCAUGCCUAUAGAGUGUAACGAGGUGCUGGCCAAGUCACCUGGCGGGACGCUACAGUCUGGCGGGGGCUUCUCCUUCUCCUCUAAGAAAGACCUGGACGACUUUGAGACCAUGUCCGACUUCGAGUUUGUUUCCUCUUCUCCUCAGGUGUUGACGAAGUCUGCCCACUGCACCCUGGGCUCCAGCCUGGACAAGGAGAAGGACCAAUUCAACAACCACAAAGACUACAACCAGGAGAAACCCUCCAAGUUAAAGCAGAGAUUCAUGUUGAAGAGGACCAAGCCAGAGUUUACCAGCAGUAACUCUUCAGCCCGUCUAUCAGAGGAGGUGUUAGCUGAUAGAGAUGACUGUGACGUCUUCAUGCAGACCUCCACUUACUACUACUCAGUGAGGAUCUUCCCAGGUCAGGAGCCCAGCAGUGUGUGGGUUGGCUGGGUGACCUCUGACUUUCAUCAGUACGACAUGGCCUUCGACCUCGAAAAGGUCCGCACCGUUACCGUAACCCUGGGAGACGAGAAGGGCAAAGUUCACGAGAGCAUCAAGCGUAGUAACUGCUACAUGGUGUGGGCUGGAGAGUGUACGAGUCCUGGUCAGGGCCGGAACAACAACGGUUUGGAGAUUGGAUGUCUGGUGGACACAGUUAACGGACUGCUAACCUUCACUGCCAACGGGAAGGAGCUCAGCACGUACUACCAGGUUGAGCCCAGUACCAAGCUGUUCCCUGCUGUGUUCGCUCAGGCCACCAGCCCCAGCAUCUUUCAGUUUGAACUAGGACGCAUUAAGAACGUCAUGCCCCUGUCAGCGGGACUGUUUAAGAGCGAGAGGACAAACGCCUGUCCCCAGUGUCCUCCCAGGCUGCAUGUCCAGUUCCUGACCCCGGUGCUGUGGAGCAGGGUACCCAACCACUUCCUGAAGGUGGACGUAUCCCGGGUCAACGACCGCCACGGCUGGCUGGUCACCUGCUCUGAACCGCUCCAGUUCAUGUCCCUGCAUAUACCUGAGGAGAACAGGUCAGUUGAUAUCCUGGAGUUGACUGAGCAGAAGAAUCUGUUGAAGUUUCACUACCAUACUCUGAGGUUGUACUCUGCCGUGUGCGCUCUGGGGAACAACCGUGUGGCCCACGCCCUCUGCUCCCACGCCGACGAGGCACAGCUGCUCUACGCCAUAGAGAACAAGUACAUGCCUGGUCUCCUCAGGACUGGAUACUACGACCUGCUCAUAGACAUCCACCUCAGUACCUAUGCUACGGCACGUCUCAUGAUGAACAAUGAAUACAUCGUCCCCAUGACGGACGAGACCAAGUCCAUCACUCUGUUCCCUGACGAGAAGAAGAAGCACGGCCUGCCAGGUAUCGGCCUGAGCACCUCUCUCCGCCCCCGUAUGCACUUCUCCUCCCCAUCCUUCAUCUGCAGCGGAGCCGACUGCUUCCAGUUCAGCCCUGAGUUCCCCCUGGAUACCCUGAAGACCAAGACCAUAGAGAUGCUGACGGAGGCGGUGAGCGAAGGCAGUUUACAUGUCAGAGAUCCUAUAGGGGGCAGCACUGAAUUCCUGUUCGUACCUCUCAUUAAGUUGUUCUAUACUCUACUGAUCAUGGGAGUGUUCCACAAUGGAGACCUGAAGAACAUUCUACAGCUGAUAGAACCCAGCGUGUUCUCAGAGGGAGGGGACGCGCCCGCGGACGCUCCAGCGGACACGCCCGAGAGUGAUGUCACUAAGGGAGGGAGAAGCGGGGAGGGGCCUGGAGGAGAGGAGAGGACAGGGAAGGUGCCUAAAGGACUACUCCAGAUGAAACUACCAGAGCCUGUCAAGCUGCAGAUGUGCCACCUGCUCCAGUACCUGUGUGACUGUCAGGUGCGCCACCGUAUCGAGGCGGUGGUGGGCUUCAGCGAUGACUUCGUGGCUCGUCUCCAGGACAACCAGAGGUUCCGUUAUAACGAGGUCAUGCAGGCGCUCAACAUGUCGGCUGCCCUGACUGCCAGGAAGACCAAAGAGUUCAGAUCUCCUCCUCAGGAACAGAUCAACAUGCUGCUGAGCUUUAAGGACGAGAAGGUGGACUGUCCGUGUCCAGAACACAUCAGACAACAACUUGUGGACUUCCACGAGGACCUGAUGACACACUGCGGCAUAGAGAUAGACGAGGACAAGCUGAACGAGGCAGACAGUGACUUCACCAUCCGAGGAAGACUCAUGUCCCUGGUGGAGAAGGUGGUCUACCUAAAGAAAAAGAUGACCUUCAUGCCGAAGAACAAGAAGAAAGACAAGAAACCCAGCACGUUGCAGCAGCUGAUCAGUGAGACCAUGGUACGCUGGGCCCAGGAGAGCAUCAUGGAGGACCCAGAGCUGGUCAGAGCCAUGUUUGUCCUACUCCACCGUCAGUACGAUGGCAUCGGGGGCCAGGUCCGGGCCCUGCCCAAGGCCUACACCAUCAACUCAGUCUCUGUGGAGGAUACCAUCAAACUGCUGGCAUCACUGGGCCAGAUCAGAUCGCUGUUGUCUGUACGCAUGGGGCGUGAGGAGGAAAAACUGAUGAUCAGAGGACUGGGAGACAUCAUGAACAACAAGGUCUUCUACCAGCACCCUAACCUGAUGAGAGCUCUAGACAUCAUGAACAACAAGGUCUUCUACCAGCACCCUAACCUGAUGAGAGCUCUGGGAAUGCAUGAAACUGUCAUGGAGGUGAUGGUUAACGUGCUGAGUGGAGGGGAAUCCAAGUUCAAGGGCCUUCUGCAGUUUUGA